AAUGAAGUGGGGAAAGAGGAACCGAAAGGGAAGAGGAACACGGUAUGGAAUAAUGGCGGGCGUGAAAGUAGCAUUUCUUGACGUUCCCUGUUAAAUCGUACGAACCGAAUGCACAGGGGAUCGACGGACGCGUGUCGCCGACAAAAUUCAAAGUUAAUCUCUCGUCGUGUUCCGUUCGCUCGUCCGGCGAAAAGGUUUAUCGUUGUCGGUCUGCUCGGCUCAGUCGGACCGCCAUGUUACGCUGUGUCGUAUCGUGUCGUAUCAGAUAGUGCAGUGAACGUUGAGGAGUAGCCUUUUCCGAGCUCGCCCGAGUCGUUGUCAUUAUCGGAACGAUCAGGCGAACGUAUUCGACGGGACGGGACUGGUAAAUGAAACCGACGAAAAGUGAUACGUGCAAACUUUACAUGCCAUUAUAACCUAAUCGAGUAAGCGAAUCACAGCGUCGACCGAAUUUGACGCGCGUCACGUUUACGAGGGACGGUCGGCUGCUAGAUUUUAUUUUCAACUCGUAAUCGGAAGAGAGAGAUAAUGGGUCUACGAGAUGCGUGUCAAUAGAGAGGAUCAAGGUAAGCGGUGAUAUCGACGAUCGCUCGACGAGGAGGAUUAUGCCAUCGAAAAAGAGACUCGUCGUUCGCCGAAAGACUGUCGUGUACGGCGAGCGCGCCGCUAAAAUCACGUCGUCGGAUGUCUUUAUCGUCGGUCCAUUUCCGUACGUCUGGGUCAGAUGAACCUUUCAGCGAUCUGGCGGAAGGCAAAAGAGCGAGUGCGAAUCUCAUAGGACGACAAGUCGAUUCAUCGUUGCAUCACGGAACACGGCGAGGUAACUACGUUUCAGGGGGCGUACGAUGGCUGAAGACCGAAAUAAUCCUCAAGGGUUCGUUGGACAGGCGCAUACGGUAGAACACGGUGGUACGAUUUCAAUGGCAGCGCCGUCAAUGUCUAGCGUCGAGUCGAAAGCGGGAAUGUUAGCUGUCAGUGGUGGCGGCGGUGGUGGUGGUACUGCUGGUGCUGCUGCUGUUGCUGGUGUUAGUGGUGGUGGUAGUAGUAAUAGUGGUGGUGGUAGUGGUGACGGUGAAGGUGGCGGUAGCAGCGGAGGCGGUGGAAGUGUCGGCGGAGGAGACGGAGGCAGAACGAUCACGCAAAUCGGAGAUGUUCAACGAGACGAUUCUCCGCCACGGGGGCCGAGGACGUUGUUGCUGCGCCGCGGCGAAAAUGGCUUCGGCUUCACCCUUCGGCAUUUCAUCGUCUACCCUCCAGAAUCAUGUUGCAUAUUACCUGGCCACGAGAGAACGAGGAUCGAGGAGCCAAUGGACACGAUAUUCGUGAAGCAGGUGCGAGGGAAUUCCCCGGCGGCCGAGGCGGGGUUGCGCACAGGCGACCGGGUAGUUUCCGUGGACGGCAAGGCGACGCGGGGCGAGCAGUACGCGAAGGUGGUGCAGCGCAUCCAGCAAGCGGGCCCGUGGCUGCGGCUGCUGGUGGUGUCGAAGGAGGACGACAUUCUGCAGAGGUACUUCGGGGAGACCGCCCACAAUCCCGAGACGAACCAGCGUCCACGGCUGCGCUCCCCGGAGCGGAGCGCCGGUCAGAAGCAACGCAGGUCCGUCAGCAUGAUCCCCGGUCUGUCCCCAAGAACGAGGCAGUCUUGGGUCUGCUCCGCGCCCAGCUCGAUACAAUGCGAACCCGACCGGCCGCUCGACGACGCGCCCUACUGCGAGCAGGAGACGCGUGAGUUCUCCAAGGAACAACAAAUGCGCGCGCACAAGGUGCCUUUGCAAGCUCAGUCGUCGGUGAAGGCAACGACCUACCACGCCAAGCCGUUCCAAGACGUCGCCGGUCGGCCCGAGUCGCUCGACGACAAGCUAGGCGUGCGAAACCACUCGCAGCAGUCCAUCGCCGACGACCUGCCGAAGCUGGCGGACGCGCGGACGUGCGAGAGGUCGAUCCACUCGGACUCGAGAUACGACAAGUACGACGUGUACGACAGGACGCGGCCCGACUCCAUCUACUCGCGGACGAACAGCGAGCAGAUCUACGACAGGAUCAAGGACCCGAUCUACGAGCACGUCCGGCUGGGAGAGCCGUCGCGGCUGAGCGCGGAGGAGCACGAGCACCAUCAUCACCGCCACCAUCACCAUCACUACCAGCAACACCACUACCAGCAGCAGUAUUACCCGCAAGCGCACCAGCAGGCCUCGGGCGUGACGAGGUACUCCCUGUCCCGAGCGGAGCCUCAGGUGCCCAUCUACCGGCCCGCCAUGAGGAGAGUGAGCUCGCGGCGCGCCAGCGAGGGCAGCACGUCCAGCUCGACGAUCAACAACUUCGAAGUGGCGAGCUACGCCAGCGCCGACGCGCUCCGCUCCUGCGACCCCGGCUCCAGGUUCAGCAUCGACUCGGGCAGAGAUUCGUCGCCCAUCCGGUCCACCGGCGACCCGCCCCGCUACGACUCCUCGUGCGUCCUCCCCGGCGUCGACGCGAACGGAGGCAGAGUCGAGGCGCGGCACGGGAACUCGAGCGGCGCUAGAAACGCCAACGGCAGUUCCGGCAUCGACGACUCCGUGAUCAUGACCAGGCUGAGGAAGAGCUUCGAGCAGAAGGAGGAGUUCCUGCGGAGACCGAGCCAUCCGAUCGGUUGGUUCCUGUCGGAGGAGCGCAGCGAGUCGCCGGUGCGAGGCGGCGGCUCGACGACGAUACCGCGCGAGUUCUACGCGAGGCCGCAGAAGCUCCAGAAGCAGAUCUGGCCGCCGAACGAUCCCAAGCAGGACCGACAGUGCUCGCCGCCGACGGUGUCCGGGCAGGACAGAGGCUUCGAGAAGGAGAAGCUCGCAUUGGAGAAGUUCUCCUCGACGCUGCGAAACGAGCAAAGACUGAAACGGUCCGGCGCGUCGGUCGAGGCGGAGCAGCCCGAGUACUUCAGCAGCUCCCGCUCGCUGGAGGACGCGCAGUCGGUGGUGAUGGAGGACCGCCUGUGCUCCCCGGCCGUUCUGUACAACGACUGUCGCGAGAUCUCCGAGCCGAAGGAGGCGGACAAGCACCAGCAGCCGACGCAUAGAAACACUGCCGGCAAAUCGAGCUUCGUCGGCACCCUGUCGAGAAUACACGAGAACAUCACGAGCGCCGCGGCUCUGCUCUCGAGCGAGCGACACUCGCAGGACGCGAGGAGUCCCUGCCCUCGCGACGCCUCGUCGCUGCCCUCCUCGCCGGGGCCGGAGAAGAAGGCCAACGACAAACUGCCGGCGCUUCCGCAGGGUCUGCAGAUCGUGUCGAAGCGCGCGAAGCAAUUCGAGUCGGGCCGGCUCCUGAGCGACGACGACGAGCCGACCGGCGAUCGGACCAGCCUCUACAAGAGCGAGCUGUCGCGGCUCUCGAGUAAGCGAAGUGUGCCAAACGUUGCCGUUCGAAAAAGAGAAUUUGAAUCGAAAGCCGAGGCUCAGGAGCCGCGCAGGUCCACCGUGUCUGCCAGUAGGGAAACCAAGUCUUUGGAUGCUGGUAACGGAUUAAAGGGGAACAGAAUAAUACCUGUGGGCAGCGGACGCAUUCAUUGUGAGCCACCGACUGACUAUACACCAGCCGAAGAGACGUCUAACCCGUUACCAAGGUACACGGAUAGCGGGACACUGUGUCCGAGAAUACGUAGCAACAGCGAGGAAUCCUGGGAGUCGAUAGGCGACCGUUUGCAAGUGGUGAAGCACCGGUGGCCGCAGCGGCAGGAAGCUCUCGGACGGAAGCAGGCGAGUCGCGACAAAGAAAACGAGAAUGUCGACGCGAACGUAAACGAGAAAGGGAAAGGCAAGGAGAACGAGGACUCCUACGGGAAUGCAGGUGAUUCUGUUGAGGACGACAACAAAAAGUCUGCGCGAUCAGCAGGAUCGAAGAAGCAAGACGGUUACCCGAAAGCUGCGGAUGUAGAACAUGGUGCGGUGACAAACGACAGCGUCCACAGUAACGGGGUCGUGUUCAGGCGGCAGAAGAACGCGCAGAUCGCCGACGAAGACCGUGCCACGAGGAGGGUGUCGUAUUUGAAGGCGACCUGGGGCGAGCGAAUGCACGUCGACAGCGACUUGGAGCUGAGCGAUUCCGAGCCGAUUCACAGUUCGAGAAUCAAUCAUAAGAGGUGGCGGCUAUCGCUGAUUCCAAACGAUAUAGCAUCCCUACGGCGCAUCUUCGAGGACAUGACACAAACCGCUUCCUUAAACAGAAAUAUCUCUCGUAGCAGCACGUGCGCUGGUCAAGAGGCGACUGGUGUCGUGAAAAAUAUUGUUGAACAAGUCGAUCGUGAGGGUCCGUUGCAUGUGAAGUUUACAGUGCUCGAUGGCAAGCGAUCCUCCGAUCGUUCGUGGAAGCAGGUCUGGGGUGUUCUUCGUGGACCGAUUCUCUUCUUUUACAAGGAUCGUCAAAAUCAGAGUCCUUCAUUGACCAACGAAAGCGAGGGUGUAGCACAGAGCGUGGAUGUCAGAUGCUCCUUGGUGGAUAUUGCGGAGGAUUAUACGAAACGUAAACACGUGCUCCGCUUAGCAAACCCAAGCGCGGAGGUGCUGCUGCAAUCCGAAGAUGCUGCGUCUAUGGCGCUUUGGUUGCGAUCGCUACACGAGCACGCUGCCGCCGAGAAACCAUCCGAGGUAGUGUACAAUAGUACCUUGAAGCAGCAAGCUGUACCGCAAACUCCAGGGCCUACCAGUAGCAGCAGCACCGCGGCGUACCAAACGAUCGGCGGGAACGUCAGUGACACGAUGAUGAUAUCGAACAGCGGUGGUAGCAGUGGCAACAAUGGCAAUAGUGGCAACGGUGGUAACGGUGGCAAUAGUGGCGGCAACGGUGGCAACAAUGGGAGUGGGCAAAGAUUGAGUCCAUUACCCGGACACAAAGGUAUCAAGAAGCUGACCUCCUUCAGGAAUCGGUCUCCGACCGGCCAAUUGCCGAUUAACAAGACGCGGAAGCCGAGUCAGACGAUCGAAAGUUUAGUUUCGCCUAAAACGAAAACGUGGAAGGGCAGAGUUGCCAAGCAACUCCGGAGAAUGCAUGGACAAACUGGACCACCUUCUUCGCCGACCACGCAACUACCACCUGAGGGUGCCACCUUCAAAGUGCCGCUUGAACUUUGUCCACCGUCGUCAUUUUCGGAGUACGUACCACUGAUCGUUGAGAUGUGCACGAGUAUCGUCGAAGCGAGAGGUCUGGAAGUCGUUGGUAUUUACAGAGUACCCGGCAACACGGCCGCCAUUUCACAUCUGACCGAAAGCGUGAACAAAGGGUUCGACAAUAUCAAUCUGCAGGAUCCCAGAUGGAGCGACGUGAAUGUAAUAUCGUCUCUUCUCAAAUCGUUCUUUCGACAAUUGCCUGAUUCGUUGCUCACUGCAGAAUUGUAUCCAAUGUUCAUCGACGCCGAUAAGGUUGAAGAUCCGCAAAGGAGAAUGACAACUAUACGGAAGCUACUCCGGGAUCUACCGGAGCAUCACUUUGAAACUCUGAAGUUUCUAAUGUUCCAUCUGAAGAGGAUAGUCGAGCACAGCGAAGUGAACAAGAUGGAAGCGAAGAAUUUAGCUAUCGUGUUCGGCCCUACUUUGGUUCGAGCGAGUGGCUCCAGAGACAAUAUGGUCACCAUGGUCACCGAUAUGUCGCACCAAUGUCGGAUCGUCGAAAGCUUGCUGAACAACGUGGAAUGGUUCUUCUCGGAUGACGAUCUAGAUGACCUGAGUAGACUGAGCGUGAAUCUAAGCCUCCCGGCUGACACUAACGAGACAGACACGAUACCGAGCAAUAAUCAUAGCCUUUUGUUGAAUAAUAUUCAGAAAGUGGAAGGUGUUCGAGAAAUGGCAUCCGCGAAAGAUAUCGUUUCGUCCAUUAUAUCCGCUGCGAAUCGCAAGAUACAAAGAAGGAGAAAAGGACAGGAUGAAACGGACAACGAGAAUCACGAGUUGGAUAAGUCGAAGUCGAAGCAGGAAGCGGAGAGCUUGGCGAACCGCCGGAGCAUGGCGUUGAACGAGCGGCAGUGUUCGGUCAGCGAGAUCGUCCUGAUGCACGAGAACAAGAGCCAGCCGAACCGCUGCGCGGACCGGUCGGCCACGGUCGACGCGGCCGCGAUGGGCAUCGCCGCCAUCGCUGGCGGUGGCAGCGCGGCCGGGCUCUCGGACACCGUCGACGCCAUGGCCGACGCGAUCGGCGGCAACGACGACGGCGCGCCGUUCGACAGGACGAGGAAGUACUUCAGCCCGCCGGCGGAGUCGAUCUCGGCGAUCCAGCCGCCCCAUUGCUCGGCCGUCUCGUCGACUUCCGAGUCGUCGUCGCGACUCUCUAGCGAGACUGGCCUGAGCUGCUUCGACGCGAGCUCGGUGCUCUCGAGCGCCUCGAACGAGACGAAACAGAGCAACGACGAGAUCACGAUCAGAACGUACGCCGGCUUGAGCGCGACCACGCAGGAGCGGAUCAGGAGGUUCGAGCAGGAGACGAAGGCGAUGCUGCAGCGGGACCAGAACCGGCAGCGGCGCGAGGCCGAGAAGAGGGAGGAGGAGCGGCGCAGGAUCGAGAUGGAGUGGCAGCUCGCGAAACGUGAGAUGGAGAACGACGAUUUGCUGGACAGUAUAGUCGACACCACCGUCGCGCCGAAUUAUUUUGCCAAUACAGCUAGGCUGUCCGCGUUCAACGACAGGCUCGCCGAUAAGUCGUACCUCGAUAUCGGAUCAAGGUCGACAGGUAGAAUCCCUUCUCUCUCGAUCGCCGUGCAGCAGGAGCCCACCACUGCGAGACGAUUCGCGCAUGGUAAUGACUCUGCUGCAGCGGUCGCGCAGUCGAUGCCGGCGACGCAACCGACGCCGCCGUCGCCGCCGCCGCCGCCACCGACGCCGACGCCCACGCCGCCGCCUCCGCCACCGACGGAUAAUGUUACUGAUAUUAUUGUGAAGAAAUUGAAGACGGAUAAAGAGGAGUCAACCUUGGAACCUUUGACAUCACCGCCGAUCCGGUACGGGAGCUUGGACUCUCUCCACGAAACACACGACGUUUCCCAUUCGUCGCUUUCACCGUCGAUGCAUCAGCAACGGAAGCAGGCAGUUUCGGGCGACGUCUCGGACGAUGGUAGCGACCUGUUGACCAGCUUGACGACGACGUUCGACCGCAAAUGGAAGUCCCUGGUGAACUCGUCCGGCCACGGUAUCCGCGGCUCCGCGCCGGAGAACGCGUCCGUCAGCGACGAGGACAUCGUCGGCGCGCGAGAAAGAGAAAGGGAAAGGGACAAGGAGAAAGAGAAGGAACGGGGCCGGGACUCCCCGCAGAUAUUGAGACAGAUGCACGGCGCAAGGGAGGAGAGGGACGAGAGGAAACUCUCGAUGCCCGUGCAACCGGUGGAUCCCAGCUUGAUAGAGACCUAUCGAGACCCUAGUCUUCACAAGUCUGCCCUUCAGAAACAUCAGCACGUUCGCCAGAAGAAUGAUAUCCCGGAGAAGGACACGGAUUGUUCAGUAGCGGCCAACUGCAACGUGGAGCGACUCGUCGAGACGGACAUCCCGGACAACGACAGAAGCGCCAUAGCGCGACGAAGGAUCGAGUCGAAGGACCAGCUGCGCUGCAAGGAAGCGUGCCUGGUCGACGCGGGUCUGGAGUCAAACGAGGCGCAGGAGUGCUGUAGACUGUCCACGCAGAAGGACGCCGGCGCGCCGGUGGAGAACGACAAGGCGAUGCCGGACAACGGGAAGUACUUCGACUACGACCUCGUCGACCCGACGUACACGAACAAGCUGGAGAGGUUCGAAAGCCUGACGACGAAUCUGGAGGUCAGGUCGCGACUGAAGAGGUCGGAGUCCUUGAACAAACGAACAGAGAACACUUGCUCGAAACUGAAGAGAUCCGAGAGCCUGAACAAGCACUCCGCGGAGAGACUGUCGUCGCCGACCAGCGGGAAGCUGAAGCGGUCGGAGAGCUUGAACAAGCACUCGGAGAGGUCCGACUCGCCGAACAGCAAGCUGAAGCGGUCGGAGUCGCUGACGAAGACCGAGAAGACCGAGUGCAACAUCAGCAAGAGGCGGCAGUCCGUCAGGAAGGACAGCGCGACGAAGCUGAAGCGGAAGAACGGCAUGCCGGAGCGGUCGCUGAAGCGGAGGCACACGGUCGGCGGCACCAAGGACUUCGACAAGGUGCACUGGCUGGACAACAAGCUGCAAGCGGAGGCCGAGAAGGUCGUGAGGAACGAGUACCGGCCGAAGAAGUGUCAGCUGAGGACGAGCUCCCCGGAUCUGAGCACCGGCCGCAUAGGCGCCCUCACCGACGCCAGCUUCCUCAUCGAGGUCAGCUUCCGCGGGCCCAGCAACGUCGUCUUCAACGUCGCCACCAACGCCAGACCGCAGUCGCUGCCGGACACCAGCGUUGCCUCCAAAGUGUUCAAGGUCCCUCUCGAGAGUCACGUCUGACUGCCACGCAGUCCUCAGCUGUGAACGAAGUCGGGAUACAGUUAACACUGGAACUUUCCUGAACUCUGACCCUUUGCACUGUGGGAGGUUCUCGUUGGGAAUACUCAGGAUUUUUUAAUGGAAUAACAUUCAAACUGAGUUAACCCUCGUAGGCACAUGUAACUUAAGUUACGUAUUAGUAUAUUGGUUUGUUGAUUUAUUUCAUUCUGCAUUCGAAGUGUUGAAUGUUUUUCAUCGUCGAGUACCAGAGUGAGUUCUUAUUCAUGUGAAGAAUUAACCCUUUGCAUUCCAGAGGCGCGAGUCGCCAAAUGAUUUACAGCAGAACUGUAAACCUUGAUGUUUAAACAGUUAACCCUCUGUGGGCCCAUGUAACUUUGAAGUCACGUAUCAGUGUAUUGGCUUGUUGAUUUAUUUCAUUCUGCACUGAAAGUGGUGAAUAGAAUUAAGUAAUCAGUUAAUUUUCAUACACUCAGGCGUGAAA